UGAGCAUGAAAAAAGAAUCGAAAAAAAACUCUGUAGACUUUGCAUCUCCAUUUUUAACGACAAACCCCGUCAAAUCAAUCAAUAGGCCUUGUUUAUAAUUGAAUUCUCCAGCGACCAGAUCGAUCCCGAUUAUAAUUGUCAUUCGGGCCACCCCCCAUUUUUCUUAAUUUCCUUUCUCCACACACUUUUCCUUAUCCCAACCCCUUCAUAACCCCGUUCUCGUCACGCCUCCCCCCGACUCCUUCGAUUCCUCCUGCCGGGUUCCUUCUUUCUCGCGUGGACUUUCUGACCUUUCAGCGCUUUGGAUAGAUUGCUUUUUCUUUUUGGUUAGACUUAUUCUUAUCACCUCACAAUGGCCAGCGUGAAGGACGCAGUCAAGGAGUCCCUGAUGGGCACCUCCGACGAGCCUCAGCCGUCGCAGCAGGCAAAGGCCAACUUCCACCGCUAUGCGCGCAAGGACGAGGCCACGGGGGAGCUGUUCAUGACGGAAGACGAUUUCGUCGAGGCGAUUGCCCCCAAGCAUGAGGAUUAUCACAAAAUCCAGCGCGAACACUACGGCAUCCUGUUCAAGGUGGCCGACAAGCGGAGAUCGGGAAAAUUGUCGCUCGGAGACUGGUCGACUUUCGAGAACCUCCUGGCCAAACCAGAUGCGGAGUACGAGAUUGCCUUCCGACUGUUCGACACGGAUGGCACGGGCAGCGUCAAAUGGGAAACCUUCCACAGCCUCUAUAGCGUGAACAAGACCAAAGACAGCAUCCCCUUCGAUUGGAACUCGGAAUGGGCUUCCCUGUACACUGGCCGGACCAAGAGCCGCCACGACAUGAGCUACCCCCAGUUUGCUCAGAUGCUGCGAGGCUUGCAGGGCGAGCGUAUCCGCCAGGCAUUCCACGUUUUCGACCAGGAUGGCGAUGGUUACAUCGAGCCCGAGGAUUUCCAGCGCAUCAUCCUCGAGACGUCGAAACACAAGCUGUCGGACUACGUCCUCGAGAAUCUCCCGAGUCUGUGCAACAUCUCGACCGGCACCAAGAUCUCGUAUUCCACCGUGCGCGCGUUCCAGAACGUCAUGCGCGAGAUGGAUAUGAUUGAUGUCAUCGUGCGCGAGGCCACUCAGAAGAGCGACGACGGCAAGAUCACGCGUUCCGACUUCCUGAACGAGGCCGCGCGCAUCACCCGCUUCUCCCUAUUCACCCCCAUGGAAGCCGAUAUCUUGUUCCAUUUCGCUGGUCUGGAUGCGCCUUCCGGCAGACUCUCCCAGCGGGACUUCGCCAAGGUCGUUGACGCCUCGUGGCGUAUGCCGUUCGCUGUCGCCGGACAGGCCGCAUCGGGUGCUGCGCAUAAGGCCGCCGACAAGACCAAGACCAUCUUGUACAGUGUGCUCGAGUCGGUCCACCAUUUCGCGCUCGGAAGUUUGGCGGGAGCAUUCGGUGCUUUCAUGGUGUACCCCAUUGAUUUGGUGAAGACUCGCAUGCAGAACCAGCGAUCGUCCCACGUUGGUCAGAGAUUGUACAACAACUCUCUGGACUGCGCGCGGAAGGUCAUCCGGAACGAGGGUUUCACCGGUCUGUACUCGGGCGUUAUUCCCCAGCUCAUUGGUGUCGCCCCGGAGAAGGCCAUCAAGCUCACUGUCAACGAUUUGGUCCGUGGAUUCUUCACGAACAAGGAGAAUGGAAAGAUCUGGACCGGCCACGAGGUUCUCGCCGGUGGUACUGCCGGAGCGUGUCAAGUUAUCUUCACCAACCCUCUGGAAAUUGUUAAGAUCCGUCUGCAAGUCCAGGGUGAGAUUGCCAAGAACGUCGAAGGUGCUCCUCGUCGGUCCGCCCUUUGGAUCGUCAAGAACCUGGGAUUGAUGGGAUUAUACAAGGGAGCCAGCGCCUGCCUGCUCCGUGAUGUGCCGUUCUCCGCCAUUUACUUCCCGACCUACUCUCACCUCAAGACUGGCUUCUUCGGCGAGUCCCCAACCCACAAGCUUGGCAUUGUGCAGCUGCUCACUGCCGGUGCCAUUGCGGGUAUGCCUGCUGCCUACCUGACGACGCCCUGCGACGUGAUCAAGACCCGUCUGCAAGUCGAAGCCCGUAAGGGUGAUGUCAAAUACACCGGUCUGCGUCACUGCGCUUCCACCAUCCUGAAGGAUGAAGGUUUCAAGGCCUUCUUCAAGGGUGGUCCGGCCCGUAUCGUCCGUUCUUCUCCCCAGUUCGGUUUCACCCUCGCCGCCUACGAGCUGCUGCAGAACUGGCUUCCCAUGCCCGGCCACGGCGAGGUUACCCCCUCCGGACAGAUCGAGCCCGGCGUUGGUCUCCAGACUGCCAAGGCACCUCUCCCCUACCUCCGAUCAAGAAACGCUCUGAAGCUCAUCCUCGACAUCGACGAGAACAUCGGCCACACCUCGAUACCCCAGGCCGACAAGUGGCCUAAGUUCAUCCAACCCGCCAAGCAAUAAAUAAAGCAUGUCCCUGUAUUUCACUAGCGAUGAAUUGGUCCCAUUUUGUUGAUUUUUGUAUGUUCUUUGUCUUGGAAAUACCUUGUGUUCUUAUUUCAAUCCAACCCUCAUUUUUCUGGUUUCUCGGGUUUUGGUUUGGGGGUUUGAAAGACCAUCCGUCAAGAUUUCGAUUCCUUUGAUGUCCUUUUCCCCCGUGUUCAUACAGGAGCCACCUUUGCAUAUUGUAACAAAAAGCCGGAUAGACUAGGGGGGAUAUCGGUUUGACUAUUAUUCCCAUUUUGCAUGAUCCUAGACUUUCUAUCUUUCCUUAUUUCGACAAUCUGGGUGGAUGAGAUUGCAAUUUUUAAAAAGGUUUUGUGAUCAUUAGUGUAUCAUUGUUGUUUAGCCUUUCCUUUGAAAAAUAAUGCUAGAUGUCAAUUUGGUUUUGGA